UGGGCUGGUUACCGAUUUAGCGUCAAAAUGGCGAACAUGAAACCUUGGCUUAACGAACAUGGAGCAAUUGUCGAUUUUACCGACCAGGCUCCUUCUCCAUGCAAAGAUUUCUUUCACCUUUUUAUGACACCAACGGAAGUUAUUUACAGAUUAUGGAAAGUUGUUCCCCCAACGCGUUCAGAUUCCAAGAACCCGCCGUCAGAAGUAAAAGACAGUCACGAAGAUUUUUUAUUAGAUGAAAGACUUCACAGUGAAAUUCAAAGAGUUGCAGGAUCUAAUACUCUGGACUAUUUGACAAAUCUGUGUCAUGGAAAAAUUGACUAUUUACCAAGGUUACCAGAUCGGGUUCUUUCACAACUAAUAUUUAUGUUGGAUUUGGAAGAUAUUGCUCGUCUUAGUCAAGUUUCAAAACAAUUUAGAAAACUAUGUAAUUCUGAUGAAUUAUGGAAGAAAAUUUAUAGAGCCAACAGUGAAAGUUCGAUAACUCCAGAAGUGGUAUCUUUAGCUGAUACGAUUGGUUGGAAGAAAUUAUUCUACACCAAUAAAUUACAACUUCAAGUUCAGUUACGAAGACAGAGAACCAAUGAUGGAACAGUUCCAAACACUGCCUUUAUUACUCAGAAAUAACUUCCAGUUUUCAGCAGCAGCCAUUUUUAAAAUGGCUGAGCUUGUGAUAAUUAUUUUAUGAUAUUGGACUUCUAUUGUUUAACCCUAUAGGCCUCGACUCACAUCAAUAACUGCCAUCUUCUUACAAUACAGAAAUCUAUUCCAUUAUCUCGGGCAGAUCAAAGCAGUCCAAGGGACAGUAGUAGUAGUUUCUGGCUGACAACGGAUGUACAGGCCCAAGUUCAAAAAGCAUUCUCAGGCUUAAGUUACGAAUUUACUCAAAAUUUUUCGCUUUAUUUUAAUUAAAAUAUAGCCCUUUAUAAAACUUUUGUUGUUUUAAUGUAUCAAAUACGUCAAUAAGAAACUAUGUGUUUCUGGAUCAAAGAUAUUUCUCAAACAAUGAUUGAAAGAUGCGUAAAUUCUUAAGUCUGAGAAUGCUUAGUGAACUCUGGCCAGGUAUGGAAUAUAUCACUUUUGUCUAAUUGGUAGUCAAUAUUUAUCAAGUGCUAACAAGAGUAAACCUUCAAUAAACACAAUAACGUACAUGAACAAUUAGAGUAUUGAAUUGCUGAUUUAACCCUUUAAUACCCGACUCACAGAACCAAGACUCAAAACUAAAUUUUCAGCCAAAAUUUAAAGUCUCCAGUCCCAAUCGUACCUUUAUCCUGACAGUAUAUAAUCUAACUUUAUAAAAGUCAAAUUUUGUGUGUGACCAUAUAUAUAUAUAUAUAUAUAUAAGGGUUAAAGGAUCGUUUAUACUGAGCGUGAACACAGAGAUUGCCUCCAUAAAGAAUUAUUAGAAACCGUCAGAGUGCGAUGUCAAAAGGCAUACAUGGCCAAAUCUUCAAUGAACAACUUUCAUCUGUGAAUUUCCUUGUGUAAUUUACUAAUUUCAGUACUAAUGAUGAUUCACGCGGAAAGGCACUGUGGUCAUGCUCAGUAUAAAUGGCCUUUUAAAAGUUAAGAGAGAAUUGUUUAAAGUUAUUAAAUGCCUUUGGUGUAAAAUGUAUAAAUUCUUUUAUGUACAAACAAGUAUUAUUGGUAGACGCCUUAAUUAAUUUUACUUUUAAAAAGCCAAAUUUAACCAAGUUGUACAUUGUUAUUUAAGGGAGAAACUAUUUUUGAAUAUAUUAAGUGCAUCCUAUUUUAUUUUUGUGCUUUGUGAUUUCAUUACUAUUUUUAAAUCUUGUUAAAGUUAUUAUUAUGUUAAUCUGGCACAUUUGCUGUGAUUUAAACACGUUUCAUAU